AUGGCCAUCGACAACAAGCUAUCCAAAUUCCAACGGCUUCUCUGUAUCGGAUCGGCAGACGGGUUCCCGGGCUUCUAUUAUUCUUCUCUCCUAUUUCAUUUCUCCCAUUGGUCUCCACUAUCCAGCCCAGUCCUCCGUUACACGUCGGUGGCCAGCAAAGCCUUCUUAAUGCUUAAGACCACUAUAGACUGCACUAGACGUGACAGCGUGGAAAGAGAUGGCGGUGUUGGGGGUAUUGGCGUCCUUCUCUCGUUCAUGAUCAUGAAUGCUUUCUGUCUGGCCUUGGCCUUCCUCAUAACCAUGUUUGAGCCUCUGUGCGAGACUCGGCGUAAACUGGACGCCAUCGCGAUCAUAAUGCGUAAAUUACUGGUGGCGUUUUCCGACCAGCAGAUUAUCACCGGCAUCGGCGUCCUCGUCAUCAGUCUCACCAAGAUGGGUUCUCUCGAUUUCUAUCACUUCUACAUGGUCUAUCUUAUAGGCUGUUUUGCAACGUUCUGCCACAUGGCUACGACAAUAACCUUGUUCAGGCAGUAUAGGGAAGAUUGGCUGAUGAAGCGAAUACGUCAACUAUUGAUGGGCUUGAAUGCUAUGCUCAGUCUUGUCGUGGCAAUGUUUCUCCUGCGAUUCCUUUUUCGUAAACUCGUACAGACCCUGCCAAUCGCGUGCGCCUGGGACAAAGCAUUGGGACAGGAGGCGAUCAGUGAAAACCCUAUCUGGGGGAAGCCGAUUCUACUGAUCAUCAUUGUGAUCAUGUGCCAUAUGUUGCUCUUCGGGCUUGGGAUAUACUUUCUGAACAUAAAGGAAGGGAAAUCGACGAAGUUGAUCCAGUGUUUCACGCUUGGGGUGCUCUCCGCCGCGUGUAUCACCAUUGUCGUUCAGAUUAUUGAAGUUGGGGACGCAUUUCCGCAUGAAGCGAACGCGGACGUCUAUAUGACCGGGAAAGAUGAAAACUCUUGGGCUUACGGACAAGUUCUUUCCAUGUUACUGCUAUGGCUUCCACUCAUGGCCUUGGUAUCAAUAUGGCGAGAGGAGAGAGUGAUGGCGAAGAAGGUUGAAGAAGAUGGUGUUUCAUUACGAGAGGUCGAAAGAGAAUUCGGACUGCGAUCGAUCACGCCCUGUUCUUUCUAUCAUUGA